GCCAUAAAAGGCUCAAGGCCUUGCGGAUUGACAAUCUUCUCUCCUCCAAAGCUCGCCGCAAUCGCCUCUUCUGUUUCAUAUAUAUCUCUUCCUCACUGGCGAAGAAGAAGCUCUUAUUAUCUUCCAUGUCCUCUGUCUUUGGGUUCGCUACUCCACUCUUACUCUACCAGCAACAUCUUCGCCAAUGACAAUGACCAUCUCACUGGAUAA